ACCCACGGAAUAAGAGUCAAGUCUAGAUGGUAUUCAGCUUUUGUCAAAUGUACGUAAAUCAUUUUUUGUUGUUGCAUUUUAGCUAAUCCUAACAAUUUUCUAACUUUAACCAAAUUCUCCUAACCUUCGACAUUUAACAGGCUACGUAAUUUCUCAUAAACCGGCUACGAAAAGUCAAUUCUGACAAAUGCUGGAUCCCUUCUAUCCAUGACCACGAACAAGAGCUACGUUCACAACUCCCACACUCCCCAAUGUCUUUUGACAGUAUUUUGUAACACAUUUCAUGGAGAAGUAUUCAAAUAUAUGUUCACCUCUUCCCUAAAUUGAUUGUGUUGAGGCGAGUUAUAUUGUUCUAACGAUCAGGGUGGAAGCAUGGCUUCUCGUGGCAAAUCAGAAACUGGGAAACUAAAACAAAACAUGGAGGAGCAACUGGACAGAUUGAUGCAACAGCUCCAAGAUUUGGAAGAGUGCAGAGAAGACCUAGAAGAGGAGGAGUAUGAGGAGACCAAGAAGGAAACCCUGGAGCAGUUGAAUGAGUUCAAUGAGUCUCUGAAGAAGAUGGUGACAGGCAACAUGACACUGGUGGAUGAGCUUGGAGGAAUGCAACUGGCAAUCCAGGCUGCCAUCAGCCAAGCUUUCAAGACCCCCGAGGUGAUCCGAAUGUUUGCCAAGAAGCAACCGGGGCAGUUGAGAACCAGAUUAGCAGAGAUGGACCGUGAUGUCAUGGUGGGAAAACUUUCGAGGGAUGUGUACACUCAGCAGAAGGUGGAGAUCCUCACUGCCUUGAGAAAACUGGGCGAGAAGCUUACAGUCGAAGACGAGACUUUUCUGGCUGAAAAUGUGACCGCAACUCUCAGCCAAUUUGAAAAAAUCACUGCAGACCUCGGAUCAGAAGACAAGAUAAUGGCUUUAGCUAGUUCUGGUGUGGAGAAAACCAAGGUAUAAAGGGUAAUCAGGUGUUGUCCAAUGUCUGUGUUGUUGUUUAACAUCAAGUGUUUCCACCCAAUAACAGUGCCAUAAUAUUGAUAAUGUAAAUCAAUCAUGCACUUAGACCGUACUUGCUUUUAAAGAGUAAAGUUCAACUUUUGUACACAUUUUUUUUCUUUUUCUGAUGAUUGUAAAACUUGGUAUGCAUUUGGUACUAGAGUAUUUGAGUAGAGUAGUCUAUUUAUAAUUUGAACAGUUAGACAGUCCAUUGGUCAUCCUUUUUGUUAAGUGUGGCUCAGACUUUUUGAAGGCUUUAAAUUCAGUUUUCAUACAGAUUGUCUUCAUGGCUAAAUCAUUUUGUUUUAGCUCUUGGAUUGAAUUAUUUUUCCUGCAUAACAAAAUAAAUAAAUGAAUCAUUGCAGUGUUAAAUAUGCAACGCUGGGCUUAAAUGUGAUUGCAUAACACACCAACUUGAACCAGCUCUGAUUCUUAAUUGAGAGGAGCCCGAAAAUGUCAAUCUAAAGUCAGUUUACAGUGUAUAUGCAUCAUUUUGGAUGUGUAGUAUGUUUGACUACAAAAUACUUUCUAAAAAUGUAGUCAUAAGUGGUUUAAGUUUCUGAUUUUUGUAUUUCUAAUAUAAAGUUACAUUUCUCAAUCUUCGGUCUCAUUAAAUAUAGUAGUGUUGUGGUUAAAAACACAUUGCCAUUAUUCUAUACACUAGUUCUGUUCUUUCAGCACCAGGGGGCACCAUGAUCAAACAUUCCUAUUUAUAAGCAACACCAGUGCUCGGACUCCCCUGACAGUCUUAUAACUGAGUGGAUUUGAACUCGCGAAGCCGGUGGGGGAGGCAUGCCUUGCUCGAAUGGACCGGUAAUCUGCGCCGCUCGGUCAUAUUGUCAAGAAUGGAGCAUGGUGUAUUUAUUUUCCAUGAAAUGUAAGUUAGAAUUGAAAAAAAGUAUAAUAGGGAAGGCAGAAAGCAUUUAUAUCAAAAGUAAUCACUUUUGCAUGUAGAAUCCUACUCAUUACUCCACAUGGCUGAAGCGGCAGUCAUAGUUUCACAGAGUUCAAAAUUAGCCAGGCUGCAUCCUUUUCCAUGUGUACUUGCACACUUCCUCUUAUGUAGAACCAUUGUAUUGGUGUAAUCAUUGGCUAGAGAAUGUUUCCACCAUGCGGCGGUGUGCAAGUGCACACUUUAGUAAAAAGGCAAGGGCAGAUACAGCAGAUCUCAAGUACAGAGAAUGACACCAGUCUUAAUUAAGUGUGAACUCAUAAUAUAGAACAGAACAUAAUCCAGACACAUUUGUACUCUCUCAUCCUUUAUUUUGUUCACGAGCAAGCAUCAACUUCACUACAAUUUGCCUUUCAAUUGGUAGAAAAGUGAGAGCAGCCCCAACAAGCACAAAAGGAAGCGUUCAACAGUUCUGAAAACAUUGUCACCUUCCAUUUUUGAGCAAAGAUAAAAAAUAAACCAAAAAUGUUUGAGUGGUGUGGACUUGUGAAAACAGACAAUCCGAGAAUCAGUAGUAUACAUGUCCCCUCUCCCACUCAAAUCUCACAGUUCCACAUGUAAUAUACAGAAAAUUGUUGUUUUAUUAGAAGUGAUUCAUGCAACGUAAACACCCGUUGAAUCCCAAAGCUCAUAUGUCUGCUGGAUGGACAGCGACAUUCAUUCAAUUCAAUGGAAAGGAAAAUGUCCAAGGGGCUGAUCAAAAGUAUCACAGAACUUGACUUGAGGCCCAAGCUCCACUGACUGGCACAAACAGUUGUAAACUCUGGCCCCUUGGAAUGGUGGCUGUUCAGUAGUAUGUUUGAUUUGUACUUUUCAAUAAAUAAAAUGUUUAAAAGGGAGAUGAGAAUGUUAAAUUGACAAUGGACUGUGACAAAAUGAGCGUGAGAAAUUUGGAGAGAAUAAGAUUAUACUCUUGUUCUGGUGAAUUUCAUGCUGCCCUCAACAUCUUUGUCUGCAAAUCAGGCAAUAAUACACUGUUCAAAAUUACCGUUCACUAUACACAAAUAGGUAACUUUAUACCCACAUAUGCUGCCUAGAGCAUUUUAAUAUUGUACAUAUUUUUAGAAGUGGAUUUCCUCAAUAUGAUGAUUCAGUACAAUAUCUAUAGAGGAUACAAUAUGGUCCUACUUUCGCUACACAUAAACAUAGACACAUGACACCUAUGUAAAACAUUAACUUUUAAUAAAACUAGCAGUGGACUAUUAUUACUACAAAAUUAAAUAAAAUCACUUCCCCCAGCUCUGUAAGAAAUCUAGCAUUAAAUAGUUACAAAAUAAAAAGUUGCCACAACUAAAAGAGCGUAGAUGAGUGUUUUGUUAGUUGUGUUAAUGCGCUGUGAUCGGCAAAAGGCACUCCCAACUUGGGCCAGCUCGAACCUGACCCCCUUAUUGGGCCCUAGUCAUUUUGAAGGGGAGACUGUUCACCACAUUUCGACAGUUGACCAAAAAUAAUAAAUACAUUGGGCCUAACAGAAAUGUGAUUGAGCGACUCCAGACAUAUGGUUUUGCUCAAACCCUCAAAAGUUACUUGGAACGGUCUCCAAAAAAUUACUUUAUAUGAAACUUGCAAAGCAUAAAAAUGGUACACUUGUGUUACUUGAGCCAUUAUGUAUUUGGCCUCUAAAAAUAGAUUAACAUGCAAAGUAUAAGACUUCCUUUAUAAACCUUUCCAACUUUGUCAUGCCUCACCUUUACUCACUUUACUUUUAAGUUUGACUAAAAUUCCCAAAGUCAUGCCAUAAAACAUACUUAUGAAAGUUUUGCAGAAUGUACAUAAUUCAUUUGGAUUCCUAAAAUGGUGGAAUAACGUUAACCUGUUUGAGGGUUACAAAUCCUUUACCACAUGGGUUUUUUGAAGGUAUUGAGAUUAAUAAGCAGUGAUUUUUGAGAGGAAAUAUAGAGGUUAACAUCUGACAUCUUUUCAAUUAAUUGUAUAAGUUUUAUACUAAUACCAGAGGGAAAACAAGUUUACCAAAUGUAAACAAAUAUCUUAGAACAACUCUACAGUACAGUUCCAUGUACAAUAAAAUCUAGUGGUCUACUGCAAAAAAAACCAUUUAAUUUUAAAGAUUCAAACAAAGACCAAGAAGACUACAUUUUAAAGAGUUCUCAUAUCACAACAAUGUGUCAGCAGUCACGUAUUUAUUCGUAUUUGUUAUGACUUAUUUGAAGGUUUCAAUAUCCUUCAAAUAAGCAAAACAACUGCAGUGAGACUACGCUCAACUGUAAUGAGAAAACCGUUUAAAAAUGCAUCUAAUAUAUUAUUUCAGGUUAAAUAGCCAUGCCAUGAAAAAAAUCCUUAAAAAAUGUUUUUUUUGUAAUGAAGCAGACAAAAUGUUCUCGCAUUUAAUUUCUCUUCCAAAGAACGACAGCAGCCG